GACACAUCCAGACAAAUACCACUCUAUCUCUUAUCUCCUGUUCAAAGCGGCCUCUCUCACGCAAACAAUGGAAGAAACCAACUCUACUGUAGCUGAAACGAGGUGUGCAGUUGUUACAGGAGCUAAUAAAGGAAUAGGACUAGAGAUAUGUCGUCAGCUUGCUUCUAAUGGCAUCACCGUCGUAUUGACUGCUAGAGAUGAAAACAAUGGAACUAGAUCUGUUAAAGCUCUUAAAGAGUCAGGACUAACUGAUGUCAUUUUUCACCAGCUUGAUGUAAAUGAUGCCACUAGUGUUGCUUCAUUAGCUGAUUUCAUCAAAACCCGUUUCCAAAAACUUGACAUCCUGGUAAAUAAUGCAGGAGACAAUGGAGUAACUCUAGAAAUUAAUGAGGAGGCUAUGAAAGACUUGCACUCUCGAUAUGGCGAAGAGAAAGAUGAGAGCAAGUUGUUGGAACAGGAGACGGAUGAGAUUGCCAAGUUGAUGGCGGAAGCCGUUAAGGAGAAUUACGAGAGAGCAAAACAAUGCAUGGAAACAAAUUACUAUGCUACCAAAAGAGUAACUGAAGCGCUGCUUCCUCUUCUUCAACUCUCCAAUUCAGCAAGAAUAGUGAACAUGGCCUCCGUAUAUGGUGAACUGCAGUUUAUCCCGGGUGAGAUGAUCAAAAAGGAGUUAAAUGAGGUUCAUUGCUUAACAAAUGAGAAAUUAGACGAGCUUAUGCAAAAGUACUUAAUAGAUUUUAAGGAGGGUACGCUGAAGACUAAUGGAUGGCCUGUAUUAGUAUCUGCGUAUAAAGUCUCGAAAGCUGCUGUGAUCGCCUACACUCGAAUUUUAGCAAGGAAAUUCCCAACUUUGCAUGUUAACGCUGUUCACCCUGGUUUGGUUAAAACAGAUCUUUCAUUCCAUAGAGGAAACUUAACCCUUGAAGAAGGUGCUAGAGCACCUGUUAUGUUGGCAUUGUUGCCUUCUGACGGCCCUUCUGGCUUUUACUUUGACCAGAUGGAGAUUUCAACUUUUUGAGGGAAAAUGAAUCAAAUGACUGAUAUGAAGAUUUAUAAGAACGAUGGUGCGAAGAGUAUCGAAUAUCCGGGUGAAAUACUAUGAAUGAGUUGGUAACUGUAAUCUUUUUUUUUUCGUGAUUUUUUCUUUUUCAUUUUUUUUUCUGCUUUCUUGAGAAGGUUCUGACUUUACGCGCCUUUCUUCCUGUAUUUUGUUUUGUUGAUGCAUUCUCAUUUUGAUCAUUUCGUUAAUAAAAAGACUUUUACCCUU